CCCGGCCCGGCCCGGCCCCGCGCCCAGGGACUGACGGACCCACGGAAGAAGACAGACAGACAGACCGACCGACGGCUGGCGGCCAGCCUCCCCGCCGCCCUACCCCGGCCGUGGAGUGCCCUCGGAGCCCGCUUGGACCUCCGGACAAAGUUGGCCCCGCUGCGCCCCUCGUCUGCCCCCAAGACGGACACACCGGCCCCCUCGGGUGGCCCCGCUCCGCCUCCACUUUCGGGCACUCCUGGGGCCGGACACACGCUGCCGGCUGCUGCAAGUCCCGGCCCCACAGGGGCCCCGGGAUUUGGGGCCCCUUCAGCCCCUCUAGGAGAAGGCUCUGCCUCUUCAGGCAGAUCCCUGGGAAUCUUGGAGGGGGCAGACCUAGGGAGGCCCUUAGUCGUGUUUCGGUUCUAACCAGAAAGGAAUGGUCAUUUCAUCAGGGCUUGAGUCUGGCUCCAUUCCCUGCUCAAAGUGUCUCCUUCUUUACCCCAGUCUCUGCCUCUCAGGGCCUGUCUCUUCCUCCUCCUUCUGCCAGGUAGAUGUGUCUUCUCCUCACUCUCAGAGAGACCUUGACUGAGACCGAGCUUUGAGAUCCUCCUGCCAUGCCUGAGGGAGCGCACCGUCCAAGUCUAACUAAACCCAGUCAGAGCCCAAGUCCUGGGUGUAGCCACAGAGGGCUUCCCCCAGCCCUGCCCAUGGCUUCCCCCCGAGGAUCGGGAAGUUCCACAUCUCUGAGUACUGUGGGUUCUGAGGGGGAACCUCAUGCAGGCCCUAGCCCAGGUCCCAGCUCCAGCCAGGCCUGUUCCGUGUCAGCCCUGGAGCCCCUGCCAGGCCCCCCCAUCCAGCUACACCUGACUCCCGUUGGGCCUAGAGGGGAGCCAGGGCAAGGGACCAAGAAACCCUCACACCUGGAGCGUGUGGUCCGGGAGAUUGUGGAGACAGAGCGGGCUUAUGUCAGAGACCUCAGGAGCAUUGUGGAGGAUUAUCUGGGAUGUCUGGUGGCCAAUGGCCCUCCUGGGCUGAAUUCAGAACAUCUCGGGACCCUCUUCUCCAACAUCGAAGACAUCUACGAGUUUAGCAGUGAACUCUUAGAAGAUCUGGAGAAUACCACCAGUGCCCAUGGCAUUGCUGAUUGCUUUGUGCAGAGGAGUGAAGAAUUUGACAUCUAUACGCUCUACUGUAUGAACUAUCCAAGCUCGAUGGCCCUGCUUCGAGACCUCUCCCUCUCCCCUCCUGUGGCCCAGUGGCUCCAGGAACGCCAGGCCCAGCUCCGGCAUUCACUGCCUCUGCAGAGCUUCCUCCUCAAACCUGUGCAGCGCAUCCUAAAGUAUCACCUCUUACUGCAGGAGCUAGGCAAACACUGGCCAGAGGGAGCUGGGACUGAGCAAGGUGCUGGGGGCCGGGAGGUGGUUGAAGAUGCCAUUGUGUCUAUGACAGCGGUUGCUUGGUACAUCAAUGACAUGAAAAGGAAACAGGAGCAUGCGGCUCGUCUGCAGGAAGUUCAGCGGCGGCUGGGCGGCUGGGGGGGUCCGGAGCUAAGUGCCUUUGGGGAGCUGGUGCUAGAGGGCGUGUUCCGAGGUGGGGGUGGCCCCCGGCUUCGAGGGGGCCAGCGUCUCCUCUUCCUCUUCUCUCGUAUGCUUCUGGUGGCUAAAAGACGAGGUCCUGGCUAUAGCUACAAGGGCCACAUCUUUUGCUGUAACUUGUCUGUGAGUGAGAGUCCCAAAGACCCCCUGAGCUUCAAGGUGGCUGAUGUGACCAUCCCGAAGCACCAGCACCUGCUUCAGGCCAAGAACCAUGAGGAGAAACGCCUGUGGCUCCAUUACCUGCAUCGAUUAAUAGUGGAAAACCACCCAGCCUCUAUUCCCGCUAAGGCAAAGCAAGUCCUCUUGGAAAAUGCUUUUCACUGUGCCCCUGAAGGCCAGCCCAGUUGUGAAUCUCUAACACCUCCACUUGGGUCCCCCCGCCUCCCUGAAGGCCGAAACUUCACAGGACGAAGGACGAUAGACCCCUCCCCAUCUCUGAACAGCCCUAUAGGCGCCUCCCCUGGUCGAAGAGGCCGAAGGCAGUCUGAGCCAGCAAAGGAAUCUCACAUCAUGUUUCCGAAGAUUGCUGGAUCUAGGCUCAAGCAUGCCGGCAGUGAGGGAGAGCUGUUCCCGAUGUCAGAGUCCCUCUGCAAGGCCCCGGAGCUGGCCCCUGUCCUGGCCUCGGGAACCCCUGAAGACCUGGAGGAGCCGACUCCCCCUAACCUGGGCCCCCCAGGCCUCUCCAUCACUGAGGAGAUCAUGGAGCUGCUGACGCAGAGAGGUCUGCAGGAACCAGGGCUUUCUCCCCUGGAAGCUGAUGAAGCCCCUGAAUUCCAGGGGGAGGCCGAGUCUCCAAAUCAGACUGUGAGUGUUGGCCAGGAGACCCCAGUGCCCUUAAGCAGAGAGUCCUCUGAAGAGGAGGAAGACAAACAGCUGGAAGACAGAGGGCCAUCCCCACUCCAUGUCCUGGAGGGGCUGGACAGCACCGAAACGGCCAGCAUUUCUGAAAUUCCAGGCGCUGCAGCAAUUGUUGUCAUUCCCAGGCUUCCAGACAUUCCCCAAAUCCCCAGUUGUGAGGAGAGUCCCAGAAUUUCUGAGCACUCCUCAGGACAAGGGGAGCCCUGCCCCCAAGGAUCAGGGAUGAGGGAUGAGGACUCCGACGCUGCGACGUCGGCUGAGGCCGUCCCAUCCGAAAAGACGGAUGAUGGAGCUGAGCCCAGACAGGAGAGCAGGUCAUCUUGGACGGAGGAAGAAGAGGAAGAGGAGGAGGAGGAGGAGGAGGAGGAGGAGGAGGAGGAGGACAGAGAAGAAGGGGGGCUGUCUCCCACUUCUCCCAACAAGACUGCUGAUCUCGAGGCCCCAGAGUUCUACUCCUGCUCAGAGAUCCGGAGGGCCUGGCGGGCCAUGGAACAAGGCUCCUUGGAGGGAAGGGGCUCCCAGGGCAGCAUUCUUGAACCCCUGCUCAUCCUGGAAGACUCAGAUUUCAGGGGAAAUUGCAGAGUGGGUUCCCUGUCCCAGCUCCUUGUUGGCAGGGAUGGGAGCAGGAAUGGAGAUGGCCCCAGUGGGACUGCUGGUUCAGAGAGGGUGGCCACACGCGUCCGGGAGUUGGCACGUAUGUACACUGACCGAAUUGAGAGACUCCAGCGGGCAGGGAACCAGGUGACGGUGGUGGGGUCUCGGAGGAGAACCCGGGGCCUGGUGCAUUCCCACCAACUCCUGGUUCCCCCAAAGGAGGAGGAAGAAGUUCAGCCUGGGCCCCUCCCUGCUUUUGGCCACGUGUUAGUCCGGGAGGCGAGCUUCCCAAUGGCUUGUGCUCACUCUUCUGUGGCUCUGGUCCCUGCAAUGCGAUCCCAUGCCACCGUUCCAUUGGUCACCCCAAGGUCUGAGCCUCCACCUGUGGGGAGGCAUUGCCCCACUGAGGCUGGUGGACUCCUAGACAUUGAAGUCCCCAGGGAGGAAGCCUUGAACCUGAACUUCCCUGUUCCAGAGGUUGUUCAGCCUGCCCCAGAAGCCUUGCCCCCAAGUCUACCUCCUCAGGGACGGCAGCUUUUAGGGUCAAGUGCAGCUGCCCUAUCCAGGUACCUGGCUGCUUCUUGCAUCAGUCAGAGUCUGGCAAGGAGAGGGGCAGGGGUCCUAGAAGGGGAGGCUCCCCUGGCCUGGAGGCCCUCCCCAACUAGGGGUCCCUGGGCCUCGGCUCCCUCGUCCCGAGCCCCAUCACCACCACCGACGCCUCGGCCCAGCUACUCUACCACAGUCAGUAUCCGAGUAGGGGGUGGAGGGCGACUGGGUCCAGCUAAGGCCCAGGUCCGCCUGAAUCAUGCCCCUCUGCUGGCCUCCCUGGAUCUCCCAGGGCAGCGCCGGGUUCAGGGGCCUGCUGAGGCCUCUCCUAGAACGUGAGCUGAAUGUAGGUGUGCUCCAGAGACAAGGGUGGGAGUGGAGCCGUGCCCAGGUCUCCCAGAAUAAAAGACUUGAAGAUAUUUAAGGCCCUGAGAAGAAAAGACAUUUGGGUCCUACUUUGGAGCUAGUCGUGCCUCAGUUUUCCCAUACACUCCCCCACUGUCCCAUACAGAGAGGUCUGUUAGACCCAUUAAGUGCUUUGAAAACCCACAGGGGGCUGCCUUUAAUGUUAUUAAUAAUUAAUGUUAUUUUCUUUGUUUGCACAUUCCUUGGUGGGGGGGGAUUUUCAGUUGUACAGUCCAUAUAAAUAUUGCCACCCCCCCACUGCCCCUCCCCCCAACACUUUGCAGGAAGGGAAUUUUCUUUGAAGGGCUUGGAGCUUGGGGAUCUGGCUAAGGAAAUACCCCGUAUUCCACCUAUCCUUUUAGGGGAGUGUUUCCUAGCCCCCAAGCCCCCCUCUUUAUCCUAGCACUGACCUCAGCCCCUCACUUCCUUCCCAGAAAUACCAAGUCUUUGUUUUGAGAGGACCAAGCCUCCUACCCCCCAAUAAAUGGAUUUAAGCUCUUUCA